AAAUAAAAAAAAGUUAUAGAGCAGUAGCCAGUAGGAAUGCUUUUUCCUUUCCUGAUUUUACAUGUCCUUUCACAAAAUCCCCUCCAAUUCUCUUUCUUUCUCUCUCCUGACAAUAUCACAUGCACAUGCAGACAGCUAUAGACCCACCCACAUCCUCAUCCCACAUGGAUGUGUGAGAUAGAGCCUGGAGGAUAUCUGACCCCUCCAUACACACAAACAUACUCUCUCUUUCCUUUUUUCUUUUUUCUUUUUCCAACUCUUAGAAUCUCACCAGAUUGGUUUACACAUUUUCAUGAUAUAACAAACCUUCCUGUCUCUUCUAGCUGUCUUUCCACUUGGUUUCUUUGUGGAAACAUCUCUUACUUCGAUCUGCAGAAAUUUCUUGACACUUAGCCUUGGCAUUAGUUUCUUUUAGGCAAUUCAACAAGAAGGUAAUGUUGCCGAUGGAGGCUGAAAUGGUGUAAUUCUCUGGCUUUGGAGAAAGGAUGCUGGAGGUUUAGCAAGUGGGAGUAAUUAACUCUCACAGGGAGAGAAGUUGAAGAUGGCUGCAAAGCUUUUGCAUUCUUUGGCUGAUGAGAAUCCAGAUUUGCAGAGGCAAAUUGGAUGCAUGGCUGGGAUUUUUCAGCUUUUUGAUCGUCACCAUAUCCUCACUGGAAAGCGCAUUAACCAGAAGCGGCUUCCUCCUGCUAAUUCCCACUCCAGCAACGGUGGCCUGGAAAGACAAUCUAGUAACAUAUACCAUCAGCGGACAGUGACAGAGAUAAAUCUAAACAAAGGUGUGAAUGAGAAACAAAGACUUUCGACAGAAUCAUCAAGAGCCUCUUUUUCGUCCUCUUGUUCAUCUUCAAUAUCAUCUUUGGAAUGUAAUAAAACUAAUCAACAAGAAGCUUCCUUUGACCGAAUCAUUUUUCCAGAAACUCCCUCAAGGGACCAUGUAAUGAACCAAUCAAGUAGUUCUCCACAGUUAGGGAGGCAGUCCCUUGAUCUUCGGGAUGUUGUGAAGGACUCCAUGUACAGGGAAGCCAGAGGAUUAGCUGUUAAAACUGCAAAUAAAGAGGAAACAGCGGGUCGUAUAGUGAAACAUAGAGACUCCCCAAGGCCCUUGCAGCUUUCCAAACCUAUGGAUGGAUCUAAUGGUGUUGGAGUUAGUAAGAAGCAAAAUAUGCCUGCUGACCUGAAGGAGUCUCUAAGAGUUCUUGCUAAACUGAGAGAAGCACCUUGGUACUAUAAUGAACGUGGAGACCAUUUGGGAUCAUUGUAUGAAGUAAAUGAUGGUAGUUGGCACACAAUUCCAAAGGAUGCUCCUCGUUUUUCUUAUGAUGGAAGAGAAACUAAUCGUUUAUCUUUUGAAACACGGGAUACCUUUAGAUCUACACCAAAGCUAAAGGAGUUGCCCAGACUUUCAUUGGAUAGUAGAGAGUGUUCAAUGCGACGUUCCAACUCUGAUUCAAAACGAACUCAUCUUUCCAGAAAUGUUCAGAAUAGUGGCUACUCAAAUGAGAAAGCUCCUAAUGUACAACAGUCAUUGGGAACUCAGAAAAGGCCUCCUAGUGUUGUUGCAAAGUUGAUGGGCUUGGAGGCAUUGCCAGAUUCUGCCUUGGCUAAUGAUGGUCAGUUUGAUAUGAUCAAAACCUCCCCAGUUAAAGAUGUUGAUCCCUACCAAAAGUCACUGAAAAUAAACAAUCUAAGCCAGCCCAUUCGAAUUUCUAACACAAGAAAUUCAAUAAAAGAUCCAAUGUCACCACGGUGGAAAAAUCCUGAUUUGGUCAUGAAACCUGUUUCUAGUUCAAGGUUUCCAAUUGAACCAGCACCAUGGACAAUGCAGGAUGGAAGUCGUAGUUCACAGAGACCAAAUUCCAGACCUGUAAAAGUUCCAGCAAGAGCUACAAACACCAUACCUUCUGUUUAUAGUGAGAUUGAGAAGAGACUGAAAGAUCUGGAAUUCAAACAAUCUGGAAAAGAUCUCAGGGCCCUUAAACAGAUAUUGGAAGCUAUGCAAGCAAAGGGACUGUUAGAGACCAGGAAAGAAGAACAAAAUUUGAAUUUUGGAACUCAAGGAGAGUAUGAAUCAGAAUGCAUCAGUCCAAGUUUAAAUGUAAGGUCAAUAAGCCAAAGAAAUCAACAGAGCAACCGUAACAAUGCUUCUAUAGUAGGUGGAUCUGAUUCCUUGAGGACCUUUGAGUCUCCAAUUGUAAUCAUGAAACCAGCUAAACUUGUUGAAAAAGCUAGCAUUCCUUCUUCCUCAGUAAUUCCAGUGGAUGGCAUUUCUGAUCUCUGUAAACCCCAGAAUGGUAGAAAUAUAGAUGGGAGAAAGGGUUCAACUAACAGGCAAGCACCUAAAGAUCAGUCUCUGAAGUACAGUCGCAGGGACUCUGCCACUAGUUCUGUUGAAAAAAGAGCAAGUAGCAGGAAUAUAAGAUCAACACAAUCUUCAACAAGGUCUCACCAACCUUCAAAGGAAGACACCCCAGCAAAUGUUGCAAAAAGCACAGGAUCUGUGAGCCCAAGACUUCAACAGAAGAAGCUUGAGAUGGAGAAGCAGUCUCGUCCUCCUACUCCACCAUCUGAUUCAAACAGAACUAGAAGGCAAUCCAACAAGCAGCCAACAGACUCAGUUUCACCAGGUGGGAAAGCAAGACCAAAAUGUGCAAACUUGCAGCAGUGUGAUGACGAAUUGAGUGAGAUAAGUAAUGAAUUGAGAGCUUUGAGUUGCCGAGGAGAUGAGAUAUCUGUGCAAUCAGACAGUAAUAUUCUUUUGGAAACCAAAAUAGAUAUGGAAGUUACCAGUGCUGCACGGUCUACUGAGAUAGAUGACAUCCAGAGUUCAUCCAUGAAGGCUGAUGAGUUCUUGGCUUCUGACUCAAUGCGGAAUAAAUCAGCUGCAAGGCUGGAUGAAGAAGAGUCAUUUGCAGAACUUGAUACAGUUGUCCCGGAACAUCCUAGUCCAGUCUCUGUUCUUGAUAACUCAGCAUAUAGAGAUGAUGCCCCAUCUCCAGUAAAGCAGAUAUCAAAUGUCCUUAAAGGUGAUGAUGGUGUUCAGGAUUCCAAUGACUGUCAAAGUGCAGAUAACACAUUUUCUGACAGCAUUGGGUCUGGUCUUACCUCGGAGAUCAACCGCAAGAAACUACAGAAUAUUGAAAACUUGGUUCAGAAACUUAGACGAUUGAACUCUAAUCAUGAUGAAGCGAGAACAGAUUACAUUGCAUCACUCUGUGAGAAUACAAAUCCAGAUCACAGAUACAUCUCUGAAAUAUUAUUAGCUUCUGGCCUUCUACUGAGAGACCUUGGUUCUGGCCUGACGACAUUUCAGCUCCAUCCCUCAGGCCACCCCAUCAAUCCUGAGUUGUUCUUCGUUUUGGAACAAACCAAGGCAAGCAGUUUGCCAAAAGAAGAAUGCAGCCCUGGAAAGGUUAAAGAGAAGGUUCACCGGAAACUCAUAUUUGAUGCUGUUAAUGAGAUUCUUGUUGGAAAGUUGGCUUUGGUUGGUGUCUCAUCCGAGCCAUGGUUGAAGCCUGAGAAACUGGCAAAGAAGACCCUUAAUGCACAAAAACUUCUGAAGGAACUUUGCUUUGAGAUUGAACAAUUUGAAACCAAAAGAUUAGGCCCCAGCUUAGAGGUUGAGGAGGAUGGUUUGAAAAACAUCUUGUGGGAGGAUGUGAUGCAUAAGUCAGGCAGUUGGACAGACUUCCAUGGUGAGAUUCCUGGUAUAGUGUUACAUGUUGAAAAAUUGAUCUUUAAGGACUUAGUAGACGAAAUUGUUAUUGGAGAGGCAGCUAACUUGCGAACCAAGCCUUGUAGACGCCGGCAGCUAUUUGCAAAGUAAUCUUCAUUUUUUGUUUUUAUAAUCUUCAUUUUUUGUUUUGGUUUUUUUUUUGCAUCUUCUCCUUUACUCUUUGAUCUUUUCUUACUUAUUGUGAUUUAAUUUUGUUUUUGCGAAAAAAGCGCAAUAAUCUUUUUAAGAACUACACUUUCUCUAUUCUGGGUUGUAAAGAAAUUAACUUAUCAAAAUUUUACAACACAGGUAUUCAUGAGAAUCAAUAUAUGACACGCCUUUUCUUCAUAA